AUGUGCUCCAUCUACAUCUUCGAAUACGCCUGCGGUUGCAAGCAGCAAGAAGAGGGCGUGGUCCCCUGUGCUAAUCAAAACACUCCUGCCUGCAAGGGUGUUAAAGAGCAACCUCGUCAACGAGUCGGCGUCCGUUGCGCUCGUCACGGUGGUUAA